AUGGUAUUUGGUGACUUCAACUUAAUCCUACGGGAGGAGGAGAAGUAUGGAGGUGCUUUGCCAAACUUAAACUUCAUAGCGUUGUUUCAAGAGGCCCUUCACAGGAGCAAUUUGAGUGAUAUGGGAUUUGAAGGAAAUAAAUAUACAUGGAGGAAUAAUCAAGAUGGUGCUGAUUUAAUCAUGGCAAGACUGGAUAGAGGCCUUGUGUCUCCUACUUGGCUUGAUAUUUUUCCGCAUGCAAAGAAUGUCCAUCUCUCCCACUUUGCUUCGGACCAUCUUCCUAUUCUAAUUGAUACGAAACCCCGGCAGCGUGUAAGGGGUGGGAAUGGUCGUGUUAUCAGGUUUGAGGAAUGCUGGCUUAGGGAUAAGGAAUGCCCAGAUGUGCUUGCUGGGAUAUGGAAUGAAGGGGGUGCUGACCCCUACACGAGAGCAACUUCUUGUUUGGUGGGAUUAAAGCGUUGGGCAAAGCACCGAUUUGGAAAUGUUCCAGCGGAAAUAAAAGCCACAAAGGAGGAGCUGAAUGAGUUACAAGAAAGAAUCCAUGAGGAAGGUGUGCUGGCAACUAUUAAAAAUUUGGAGGAUCAUUUGGAUGAUUUAUUAGAGAGUGAGGAGAUUUGGUGGUCUCAAAGGUCGAGAGCAAUGUGGCUACAACAUGGAGAUAAAAAUUCCAAAUUUUUCCACCAAAAAGCCACACAGCGGAAGGAACGGAAUUGGGUAGAUUCAAUUCAGGAUGAUGCUGGUAUUUGCUAUGAAAAGGAAGAAGAGAUAGCUCUAGUUAUGACAUAA